GCCAAUUAUUUCAAUACACAUGGAAAUCUUAAUAAAUAUUCAAUCAUGACAUUUUUAGUGAAAGAUGAAAGAACGAUUUAAAGAUUGUGUUCAUGCUCCUCGGGAUACUUUAAUGACAUAUAUUGACAUCCUACUUUCCCCAUUAAUAUUCGCGCUUUAAGCAACAUUAUCAAUGGCUAAAUUUGUACUGCUCUUCUUUAUCGUCUCCGCCGUUCCCGUUGCUAUCAUCCUCCACCUUGAGACCGCCGGCAAGCCGUCCACCCACACUAUCCAGUACCGCAGCACUGGCUGGCUCCGCGAGUGCGCUAAAUGGGACGAAGAGGGUCGUCGCUUCAUAGUCACCUUUUUCGGCGGCGGCGUCGGCCAGAUUGCCGUUCCCCUCGACGAUGGCGACUCAUCGGUCCUCCUUGAAACUCCGGUCGUCAAGGACGCUGACUUGUACGGGAACGCCUCGCUUGGCCUCGCUAUUGACCGGCACCGGAACCGCCUUCUCGUGGCCGUCUCCGAUGUAUUCGGCAACCGGUACAGUGCUCUGGCGGCGUAUGAUUUAUCGACGUGGAACCGACUUUUUGUCACUCAACUCGGCGGCCCAGAGAGCGAGAAAUCUUUUGCGGAUGAUGUGGCAGUUGAUGGGGAGGGAAAUGCAUAUGUAACAGAUACCAGAGGUAAUAAGAUAUGGAAGGUCGGGGCUGAUGGAGCGCUGAAGCACAUAAUAAGGAGCCCCUUAUUCACUCCCAAAGAAUGGUACAAGAACUUGGUAGGGCUCAACGGUAUUGUGCAUCAUCCAAACGGAUACUUGCUAGUUGUUCACACCUUUUCCGGGAAUUUGUACAAGGUUAAGCCAUUAGCAAAAGGCGACGAAGUGACGAUUGUUCCCGUUGGCGAGGGCGGGUCAUUGAUCUUCGGUGAUGGCAUGGAACUUGUAUCGUCUGACAAGCUCGUUGUCGCCGGGAACCCGACAAGGUUGGUUGAGAGCAGUGAUGAUUGGGGGAGUGCGAGGGUUGUAGGCAAAUUCAGCGGUCCUAUUCACCGUUUGUCUACUGCUGCUACGGUGAAGGAUGGGAGAGUGUACAUUAGUCAUAUGAUUGGCAUGGGAUAUCCUCACACAAAGCAUAUGCUAAUUGAAGCUGAGUUUUCUGCUUGAAAUUGUACCUUUUGCAUACGUUUUUAAAACAAUGAUUAACCACGUUGGAUCAUGUUUGAAUCAUUGAUUAAUUAAUACUUUAGUACCCAUUUUUCCCAUUGAUUCAUUCAUUUUCAUUUACCGAGUGCCG